AUGCACACAUCAUUAACUCCUAAUGACAAGGCUUAUUGGGAUUGGUCAUGGGAUGAAUUAGCUAGUUAUGAUCUCCCUGCUUCAGUUGAAUAUGUUUACAACUAUACUGGUCAAAAAAUGCACUAUGUUGGUCAUUCUCAAGGAACUUUAAUGGCUUUUGCUGCUUUAUCACAAGGACAACUUUUAGAUAUGUUGAGAUCAGUUGCACUACUUAGUCCAAUUGCCCAUAUGAAUCAAAUUUCUUCAAUUGUUACAAAACUUGCUGCUGACCUAUUUAUAGCUAAUGAUAUAUAUUGGUUAGGAAUCCGUGAAUUCAAUCCUAAUGCGGAUGUUGGAGCAAAGUUUUUGGAAGACAUAUGCAACACUCUACACCUGAAUUGCGCAAACCUAAUGUCACUUUUCACAGGUCCAAAUUGUUGCAUAAAUUCUUCUAGGAUAGAUGUGUAUCUUGAUCAUGAACUACAUCCAACAUCAACCAAGAACUUGAUCCAUUUUUCUCAAAUGAUCAGAACAGGAAAUAUCGCAAAACUUGUGGUGUUGUUCAAUGACGAUUAUGUACAUGCUGAUUUUGUUAUGGGUGUCACGGCUAAACCAGUCGUUUAUGAUCCCAUGAUAGCUUUUUUCAAUGGUUAUUGA